AAAAAAAACACGAACCCACUAGCCCUCUCUGCUUCCUCUCCGUUUCUCCUCCACUCACCAGUCACCACUCCUGAUUGCUGUCGAGUCUCGAUCUGCCAGCGCGCGGCGCGAUGGCCGACAAGGCGGCGUCCCCGGAGAAGAAGUCAUGGGCCGACGUCGAAGAGGAGGAGGAGGCCAAGGCUAAGGCGACCGCGGCAGCCGAAGCGGCGGCGGCGGCCGCCGCGGCGUCCUCUUCCUCCUCCAUCACCGAGCCGGCGGUGGAGGAGCAGGCCAAGCAGAUCGAGGCGCUCUCCCUCGCCCCGUCGGUGGACGACGCCGCAGGCGAAGAGGGCCCGCCCCUCCUCGAUGACUCCGACGACUCGCAAAUCCAAGCCGUGAUUUCGGGUGGCACGGUGUACGAGUCGGCCACCACGUUCGAGGAUCUGAAGCUGUCGCCCGAGCUGCUUAAGGGGCUGCACGACGAGAUGGGGUUCAGCCGCCCGAGCAAGAUCCAGGCGAUCACCCUGCCCAUGAUCCUCACGCCGCCCUACAAGGACCUCGUCGCGCAGGCGCACAACGGCUCUGGCAAGACCACCUGUUUCGUCCUCGGCAUGCUCAGCCGCGUCGACCCGCAACGCAAGAUACCCCAGGCUAUCUGCAUUUGCCCCACCAGGGAGCUUGCGCAGCAGAAUAAGGCAGUUCUCAUGAGGAUGGGCAAGUUUACUGGCAUUACAUGCGCCUGUGCAAUCCCGCCAGCUCAAAAAGACUACAUGCCGAUCUCGAAAAUGGCUCCGAUCACUGACCAGAUCGUUAUCGGCACAUCUGGUACGCUCAUCAAAUGGAUUACCCAUAAGAAGCUGGCCACAAGGGACAUCAAGAUACUUGUGUUUGAUGAGGCAGAUCAUAUGCUUGCUGAGGAUGGCUUUAGGAGUGAUUCUGAAAGGAUGAUGAGGGAUAUACAAAGAAGCGCUGGUGGUUGUCAGGUGCUUCUCUUUUCUGCGACCUUCAAUGAUAGGGUGAAGGAUUUUGUUACAAAGGUCAUUAGGGAUGGAAAUCAGAUAUUUGUGAAGAAGGAAGAGCUUACUUUGGAAAAAGUUAAACAGUACAAAGUUCAAGUACCUGAUGAAUCGGCAAAAAUAGAGGUUAUAAGGGACAAGAUAUUUGAAUUUGGACAGAAAGUUGGCCAGGUUAUCAUAUUUGUUAGAACAAAGCAAAGUACUAAGAAUGUUCACAAUGCUUUGACGAGGGAGGACUAUGUGUGCUCCUCAAUCCAAGGAUCCCUUGACCAAUCAGAGAGGGAAAAGAUAAUACAGGAAUUCAAAGAUGGCUACACCAAGGUUCUUAUAUCAACUGAUGUUCUUGCUCGAGGUUUUGACCAAGCACAGGUUAACCUCGUCAUCAACUACGACAUGCCAAUCAAAUUUGGUACAAGAGAUGAACCUGAUUAUGAGGUGUACUUGCACAGAAUUGGCAGAGCUGGGCGCUUUGGCCGGAAAGGUGCUGUGUUCAACUUGCUGUGUGGUCAAACCGAUAAUGUUGUGAUGAAGAAGAUCGAGGACUAUUUCCAGCACAGUGUGCCUGAGGUUCGGAAUUGGCAACGUGAAGAAGAUUUUGAGGCUGCUCUCAAGGAUGCAGGUUUACUUUAAAGUAACCACCGAAACCUGUGGUGAGCAGCGCUCUCCGGCUCAGGACAAUUGACCGGUGAUUUUUUUUGCUGAGCCUGCUGCACAACGUUAGUGUGCUCUUUCUGCUCAUCCUGUUGGCAGCACUGAUUUUCAGGGUGAUUUUUAUUGUUUUUUGCUGAGCGUGCUGCACAGCGUUGCUGUGCUCUUCUGUUCAUCCUGUUGUCAGGACUGAUUGUUUUGCAGCAGAGUUGUGGAUUAUGUUAAAAGACUAGAACAGCUAUUGUGUUAUGAGCUUUAUAUGAAGCAGAGGGUCGUUAAGAGGUGUUCAUUUGGCAAUAUGCUUGUAGCGCAGUUACGAGCAUUACCAUUUGGAAUUGUAAAUCUUUUUACUAGAGAGUAGACUUUAUUUGCCGUGGA